GUAAUAACUCCAGUCAGGUCAGGACAAGGUUAUGUUUAUGAAUUCCCUUCCAAAUACCAGAAGGAUACCUACGAUAUCCCCCCUGUUCGCCCUCUCCAAGGGAUAUAUGACAUUCCCCCCACAUCGGUUAAGGGGCCUGCACUUCCAGUUCCCAUGGGAGAAGCAAAAGCUUUAGGAAUCUAUGACAUACCACCUGCCAAAGGGGUCUAUGCUACACCUCCAUCUGCAUGCGGAAACGAUACAGGCCUGAGGGAAAAUUUGCAGGAUUUUUCGUCUCCAGUGGGCCACAGUGUAAGACCAGAAGGAGUAUAUGAUAUUCCUCCUCCCAUCACCAAAGCAACUGGGAAAGAACUUAAUAAAUUUUCUCCUGAGAGCCUUUUAUUGCCGGAUGGAGUGUCACAGAAACAGAGUGUUUAUGACAUCCCUAUGAACCAUCAAAACCAUUUUCUUGGACAGCAAAUUGCACCUCAAAAAGAUGUUUAUGAUACCCCAAGGGGAAUUGCAUUCCCAGGACAACAGACAGGACUCAGUGAAAGUCUCAUCCCAGAAGAAAGAGAAGGUGUAUAUGAUGUGCCACCACCCGUCCUCCAAGACACUAAAGGCUUACAGGACGUGACUGAUGGGAUAAAUAGGUUGUCUUUCUCCAGCACAGGAAGCACAAGGAGUAACAUGUCCACAUCUUCAACAACAUCAAAAGACUCUUCUUUCUCAGCAUCAACUGCACAGGACAAAAGACUAAUCCUUGAUCCAGACACUGCUAUAGAGAGGCUUUAUCGCCUCCAGCAGAUGGUGGAGACAGCUGUCAAUAACCUCCUGGCCUUCAUUACAGCAGACUGGCGGUCUUAUGGAUAUAUGGAGAAACACAUCAAUGAAAUUCACACUGCUGUGGAUAAGGUAGAGCAGUCACUGCUGGAGUACCUCCAGUUUGCAAAAGGAUCAGCAGCCAAUGCUUCCCGCCUAUCCGAGUUCAGCCUCCUUAACAAAAUGAGGAGGGAGGUGCAAAGGCUGGAGGACUCUCACCAGAUCCUUACCCAAACCAGUCACGACUUAAACAGCUAUAACUGGUCUUUGAAUGUUCUAGCUGUCAACAGACUGCAGAACAAGUGUGAUGACCUGGAUCGGUUUGUUAUGGUGGCAAGGACAGUCCCGGAUGAUGCCAAGCAACUGACCACUACCAUCAGCAUCAAUGCAGAGGUGCUCUUCAAACAGGCGUUGAGCAGCUCACGUUUCAAAAACAUACCGGAGAAUAUAAUGAACACUGCUGACUAUGUAUAUGACAAUCCUCAUAUGCAGCAUCAUGGGGAGAAAGCACAGAACCACUGCAGUUCACUUCCGCCGUUCCUGAGUAAAGAUCAGCACCCUCACAAUACCACCAGUGAGAGCUCAGAAAAGAGCUGGAUGGAUGACUACGAUUACGUUCACCUGCAGGGGAAAGAAGAGUUUGAAAGGCAACAGAAGGAGCUGCUGGAAAAAGAAAAUAUCAUCAAGCAGAGCAAAGUGGAGCUAGAGCACCAUCAGAUUAAUCAGUUUCAACGUCUGGAGCAAGAGAUCACAAAGCCGGUAGAGAACGACAUCUCAAAAUGGAAGCCGCCUCAAGCUCUCCAGACUGCAAACAGCACCGCCACCUCCCAUGACAGCCAGCUGCUGUUAUUCUAUUCUGACCAAUGUGAGACUCACUUCAACUCCCUCCUAAAUGCCAUCGAUGCCUUUUUCAGUUGUGUCAACACUUCUCAGCCCCCCCGAAUCUUCGUGGCUCACAGCAAAUUUGUCAUUUUGAGCGCUCACAAACUUGUGUUCAUUGGGGACAUGCUCACGAGGCAAGUGACAACUCAGGACACACGCAACAAAGUGAUGAACUCCAGCAACCAGUUGUGUGAACUGCUGAAGAGUGUUGUUCUGGCUACCAAGAUGGCUGCCUUGCAUUACCCCAACACAGCAGCCCUCCAGAAGAUGGUGGACCGAGUAACAGAGCUGUCUCGUCAUGCACAGUUGUUCAAACUCUCACUGGUCCAAAUGGCAUCCUUAUGA